CUCAGUCUCCUCUCUUCAUAUUCUUUGGUUUUGCUCACCAUGUUCAGAUUUUUUUUUGUUGUCGUCUAUGUUGCCCUUCGUACUGUCAAUGGAGGACCCCGUGCACCUACCCGCACGCUCACAUUUCUCUUACAUUUCUCCAAUAGGUAGACCCUGGCAGGUAAAAGACGUCCUCCGGUGUCUAUGGCGACAGAAGCAUUUGCGCUGGCGGGCGACGACGACGACGACCUCGUAGCCCAGAACAACCUUCAGCGCUGUAACGCGUAACGACUUGCUUGUGUCUGGAAUAUCAAUCUUCACUAUCUUAGUCUCACAACCCGUUCGAGACCAUGGCGUCUCAAUCUGAAUUAUCACUGCACACGCAACACACGCGAAUCAGCACCAAAACGCUUUCGCAGUAUGACGGUCAUGCAGAGGGUCACCUCAAUUGCGUUGGCCUUCGUCACGGCUGGCGCCGUAAAUUCUCCGUCUCUCCGCCUGAAGUCGAGAUGUUAUCGUACGCUCACCUCGAAGCCGUCCUCGAGCUUCCAACCUUACGCCUCCGCUCCUCCCACCUUCGCAUAUUCGUCGAAAACCCACCGGACUCUGGCACCUUCUCCAAGGUCCGCUUCUGGAAAGAUGAUGGUUCCCUCCAGUCCGUCCUUGUCAAGGAGUUUUUCGCCCACAGAAUGCAGGAUGGCAUCGUGACCGUGCUGGACGUGAGGGACGGAAAUGACAGGGAGGAUACUCUGAGUAUCAGGAGUGGCUUUACAGGAUCGAUGGGAGCCGGGAUGGGGAAGGUGGGGAGGUCAGCAGGACAGACCAAGGAGUGGAUCAAGGAAAAGAGGAGGGCAGUGAGUAGGAUGGCGAGUACCUCGGGGAGCAGGGGUGGGCAGACGCCUGGGCCAGUGGACGAUGAUGACGACGACGAUGAGCAUGACGAGUCCCUCCCGCCUACGCCUGCGCCCGCACCGUCUACCUCCCGUUUCGGCGCUCUCAUGUACGCCAUUGGUCUCAAAUCCGAAGCCCCGCUACCCCCGCCCCCGCCUCCCAAGACCGAAGCACAACUUCUUGUUGAGAAGAAAGAGGAAGAAGACAACUUGCGUAAGCGCGGAUGGAUGCCCCCUAUCAUUCGGCGCAUCACUAAAAAAUCCACUGGCACGAGAUCCAACCGCUCUCUCCGUUCCCGCCUCGAUGAAGCCAAUCCGUUCUUCUCACCUUCGGAGCGCAAUCUCCUACGUAACAAGAAGUCGAAGACCGGAGAGGACGAGCACAUCGGCGGGGACAUCGCUGGUUCGAGUACUGCUGUCAAUGAUACCGCGACCGGGACUAUUAAGGGGAAGAGCACCAGUGUUGGAUUCGGGCUUGGUGGAUUGAGUUUGUCGAGGAAGAAGACGAAUGCGAGUGGGACUGCGAAUGGGAAGUUCGUGGAGGAUAUUGGGGACGGGGAAGAGGAUGCGGAGGCGAUGGAGGAGUUUUCGAUCGUCGAGGGGGAUGACGACAUGGAGGCUAGCAACGGGGUACAGGGGAAGGACAAGAAGAAGUGGCGUCGUCUGUUGGGUAGUAGGGACCAUCUUCCUGCUGAGAAACCGGACAAGGGUAAGGGUAAGGCGUUCACUGGCGCGCAGGUCGUUUCGCAGCCGAAGGACGCGUUCCCGAACACCUCAUUCGAGGACGGGACUCGCAGUGUGAGGGCGAGCGGUGAAGGUAGCAGGAGCGGGAGCGCUGCCGGCAGUAUCGAUUAGGCCUCGCACUGAACACUUAAAGACGGAGCGUGGUUCUGUGGCGGUAAUCCUCGAUGUUCAAUCUUCUAGUUCGCGUUUUUUGUGGAUGAGUGUACGGUAGGACAUCACGUCUUUUUCGAUUGAUUUAUACCGCCCCGUUUGCAGCUCUAUUCCUUUUUUCUAUUGUUUGGGUUGCGUCUGUUGUCCUUGCCUUCUCCAAAAUCUCACGAUCCUUACGUCUCUCUACGUCUCCCCCUUGAUAUGUGCUUCUCACAUUUGUCUCGAUCUCUCUGCUGUUGACCAUAUUACCCCUUGGAUUAUUUCUUCACUAUGGCCGUCUUUGUCACGGCUGUACAAUACCGUGCUCUUAUUUACGUACAUACCAUCUAUAUACUGCGUUGUCUAUAAUUAUUUCUUGGUCUUGGUCUCCUUGUUCUCGUCUCGAGUAUGCUCGCUCCGUCUGUAUUGCGAUCUUGCGAACCUCCAAACCCCCUCCCCGCUCAUUGACUUAAAGUUGCUUGGAUAUUGUUUGCGGUCGUUUAUCCUUUCCUUGUCGGUUUCCGAUGGUUGGGUACAUACUUUCGUGGUUGUGGAUACUAUGCGCUUCCCUAAUUUACAACCCUG